UGAGGUCCAUCAAUGGCACUCAUCUAACCCUAAUCACAGCCAUGGUUGUCGCCUUCCUCUCGCUCAAAGGCCGCCUCUCUUGUCUAAUGCACACUUCAUUAAUGAUGCAUUCUUUAAUACCGUCAAGCAUAGAAUAUUGCUCUCACCAUCAUCAUAACAACAUACCGAAGGUUAAUAUUUGUGAUGAUUUUGCUAAAAACAUCUUACCGCCGGCGACGAAUGUAUCGUUGACGCUCUGCGUCGAUCGCAACGGGUGUUGUAACUUCACCUCAGUUCAAUCCGCUGUCGACACCAUCGGUGACUCGAGCCAGAUCAUGAGAACCGUCAUUUGGAUUAAUAAGGGCAUAUACUAUGAGAAGGUAAUAAUCCCAAAAACAAAGACGAACAUAACGCUGCAAGGACAAGGCAUGGAGUCCACCGCAAUAGUGUGGAACGGCACCGCCAAUUCCUCCGGCGGAACCUUCUACAGCGCGUCCGCAUCUGUGUUCGGAGAUAACUUCAUUGCGAAGAACAUAAGCUUUAUGAAUGUUGCACCAAUCGCGAAGCCCGGGGAUAUGGGAGCUCAGGCGGUGGCGAUAAGGGUGGCCGGCGACCAGGCGGCGUUCUGGGGUUGCGGGUUCUUUGGAGCUCAGGAUACUCUUCAUGAUGAUGCAGGGAGGCAUUAUUUCAAGGAAUGUUACAUACAAGGUUCCAUUGAUUUCAUUUUUGGGGAUGCAAGGUCACUUUAUGAGAACUGCCAGCUGAUUUCCAUGGCCUCGCCGGUAACGGCCGGAUUGAAGAUGAUUAACGGCGCCGUGACGGCUCAUGGCCGUGUUUCGAAGGAUGAGAACACCGGCUUCUCCUUCGUUAACUGCACCAUCGGCGGCACGGGCCGGAUUUGGCUCGGCCGCGC